AUGUCUGUAGCAUUGAUUGAACAUCCAGAAACAUAUGAGAAUGGUAAACCAAAACUCGGAGGUUUGGUCGAUCCCCAUAUGGGUACUAUAGAUAAACACCAAAAAUGUGCUACAUGUUCAGGUACAAUGGCCGAAUGCCCUGGUCAUUUUGGCCAUCUUGAACUUGCCAAACCUGUAUUUCACAUUGGAUUCAUUGAUACCGUAUUAAAAAUCGUUAGAUGUGUUUGUUUUCAUUGUUCAAAACUUUUAACAGAUACAAAUGAUUCACAUUUUAGACAAGCAUUAAAAAUUAGAAAUCCAAAAAGAAGAUUAAAUGCAAUUUUGGAUAUAUGUAAAACCAAAAAAGUAUGUGAUAUUGGACAAGAAGAAAAGGAUAGAGAACACGAUCUUAGCAAGACCGACGAGGAAUUGGAUCGCAAGCCACACUCACAUGGAGGAUGUGGUAAUUUGCAACCAAAGAUUACCAAGGAAGAACUCAAGUUUAUUGUAGAGUUUAAGGACGUGGCCGACGAAACGGUAGAGAAAAAAUCGAUCCUUUCAGCCGAGCGAGUACAUAAUAUAUUAAAGAGAAUCAGUGACGACGACGCCCGUUCAAUGGGUCUGAAUCCCGACUGGGCACGUCCCGACUGGAUGGUAGUCACUGUGCUGCCCGUCCCACCACCACCUGUCCGUCCUUCGAUUAUGAUGGACACUGCCUCGAGAGGAGAGGAUGAUUUGACACACAAGCUCGCCGAUAUUGUAAAGGCCAACCGUGAACUCAAAAAGCAGGAAAAGAAUGGUGUCCCCGCGCACAUUAUCACCGAAGCCACCCAAUUCCUUCAGUUCCACGUUGCCACCUAUGUCGACAAUGAAAUCCCAGGUCUUCCCCAGGCGCAACAGAGAAGUGGACGUCCACUCAAAUCGAUUCGUCAGCGUCUCAAGGGCAAGGAAGGUCGUAUCAGAGGUAAUUUGAUGGGUAAGCGUGUCGAUUUUUCUGCGCGUACCGUCAUUACUGCCGAUCCCAAUCUGUCGAUUGAUCAGGUUGGUGUCCCCCGUUCCAUCGCACUCAAUCUCACAUAUCCCGAAACCGUCACCCCAUUCAAUAUCGAUAGAAUGAGAGAGUUGAUUCGUCGUGGUCCCGACGAGCAUCCCGGUGCCAAAUACGUCAUCCGUGAGGACGGCCAACGUUUUGAUUUGCGUUUUGUCAAGAAACUCACCGACACUCAUCUCGAAGUCGGUUACAAGGUCGAGCGUCACGUUCAAGACGGUGACGUUGUCAUUUUCAAUCGUCAACCAUCGCUCCACAAGAUGUCUAUGAUGGGUCAUAGAAUCAAGGUCAUGCCCUACUCGACAUUCCGUCUCAAUCUUUCCGUUACCACCCCAUACAAUGCCGAUUUUGAUGGUGAUGAAAUGAAUCUUCACGUUCCACAAACACUCGAAACACGUGCCGAGGUCAUCGAAAUUAUGAUGGUACCACGUCAAAUUGUAUCGCCACAAUCUAAUCGUCCAGUCAUGGGUAUCGUACAAGACUCUUUGUUGGGCAGUCGUCUCUUUACAAAGAGAGAUACAUUUAUCGAACGUGACCUCAUGAUGAACAUAUUAAUGUGGUUGCCAUCUUGGGACGGUAAGAUUCCACCUCCAGCCAUCUGGAAACCCAAGAAAUUGUGGACUGGUAAACAAAUCUUUUCUCUCAUCAUUCCCAAGAUCAAUUUGACUCGUUUCACAAGUACACACAAUGACAAGGAAAAGGAAAAGUCAGAGAUGGCUUCCGACACGGUUGUCAUUAUCGAUCAAGGUGAACUCAUGUCUGGUAUUCUUUGUAAACGUUCUCUUGGUUCGGCCAACGGUUCCAUUAUCCACGUCGUCCAAAACGAACAUGGUCAUGAAGCCACCCGUUGCUUUAUCGAUCAAACACAGACAGUCGUCAACAGUUGGCUCAUCAGCCACGGUUUCACUGUCGGUAUUGGAGACACUAUUGCCGAUUCUGCUACCAUGGCCAAGGUACAAAACGCCAUUACAUCGGCCAAGACACAAGUAAAAGAGCUCAUUAUCAAGGCCCAAUCCAACCAAUUCGAGUGUCAACCCGGUAAGAGCAUGCUAGAGUCUUUUGAAAAGGAGGUUAAUCGUGUGCUCAACACGGCCAGAGAUGAUGCCGGUACCAGUGCACAAAAGUCGCUCCAAGAAUCCAACAAUGUCAAGGCCAUGGUAAACGCCGGUUCCAAGGGUUCUUUUAUCAACAUUUCGCAGAUGAUGGCCUGUGUCGGUCAGCAAAACGUCGAAGGUAAGCGUAUCCCAUUCGGCUUUCAAAAUAGAACAUUGCCACAUUUCACAAAGGACGACUAUGGCCCCGAGAGUCGUGGUUUUGUCGAAAACUCGUACCUCAGAGGUCUGACGCCCCAAGAGUUCUUUUUCCACGCUAUGGGUGGUCGUGAAGGUCUCAUCGAUACGGCCGUCAAGACGUCCGAAACCGGUUACAUCCAGCGUCGUCUCGUCAAGGCUAUGGAGGAUGUGUCUGUGCGUUACGAUGCCACCGUCCGUAACUCGCUCGGUGACGUUAUCCAGUUUGCCUAUGGUGAGGACGGUUUGGACGGCUGUUCCGUUGAAACCCAAUCAUUUGACUCGUUGAAAAAGGACAAUAACGACUUUGUCAAGAUGUUCAAGCAUCAGAUCGACCGUCUCGACUAUGGCGACAGCUGGAUGGAUCCGUUGGUCGUCGAAGAGAUUCGUAAUGACGCAACCAUCCGUGAAACACUCGACCGCGAGUUUAAGCGUCUCGAGUUUGACCGUCACCAAAUGCGUACCGAGAUUAUCCCAACUGGCGAGUCGUCAUGGCCACUUCCGGUCAAUUUGAAACGUCUCAUCAACAAUGCCCAAAAGAUCUUUUCCAUUGACUAUCGUACCAUCUCUGAUCUCAACCCAGCCACUGUUGUAACUGCCAUCGACCGUCUCAUUUCACGUUUACGUAUUGUUCCACACCAAGAGCCGAUCGGUCUUUCUUCAGAAGAAGAGUUGGAGCGCCAACACUAUGACAAGGCGUGGAACGAAACACAUCAAAAUGCUACCAUGUUGUUUGCCAUCUUGCUUCGUUCGACAUUUGCAUCACGUCGUGUACUCGACGAGUUUAGAUUGACAUCCAAGGCAUUUGAAUGGGUGUGUGGAGAAGUCGAGAGCAAGUUUAUGACAUCGCUUGCCAACCCAGGUGAAAUGGUUGGUGCACUUGCCGCCCAGUCUAUUGGUGAACCUGCCACACAAAUGACGCUCAACACGUUCCAUUAUGCUGGUGUGUCGAGCAAAAACGUCACACUUGGUGUACCACGUCUCAAGGAAAUUAUCAAUGUCGCCAAGAAUGUCAAGACGCCCUCGCUCACCAUCUACUUGCAGCCCGAUAUUGCCCGUGACUCUGAAAAGGCCAAGUCGGUGCAAUGCCAACUCGAAUACACCACCAUGGCCCGUGUCACGGCGGCCACCGAGAUUUACUAUGACCCCGAGCCAAACACCACCGUCAUUGAAGAGGAUCUCGAGUUUGUCACGCGUUACAUGAUGUUGCCAGACGAGGAGAUCAACGAAGGUGCACUCUCUCCCUGGUUGCUGCGUGUCGAACUUGACCGUGAAAUGGUAACCGAUAAGAAGCUGUCUCUCUAUGAAAUCACACAAUGCAUCAAGAAGGAUUUCGACAAGCUCAACUGUAUUUUUAGUGAUGAUAACGCUGACAAGCUCAUUAUCCGUAUCCGUACCAUCAUGGACAAUGAAAACAAGGAAUCGGCCAAUGACGACGACGACACCUUUUUGCGUCGUGUCGAGUCGAUGAUGUUGUCGCAGAUGGUUCUGUGUGGUAUUCCAAACAUCAAAAAGGUCUUUAUGAGAAACGAUGACCGUAGCAUGAUCAACCCCGACACGGGCGCCUACUACACCAAAAAGGAGUGGGUACUCGAUACGGACGGUGUCAACUUGCUCGAAGUCAUGAGUCAUCCAGACGUUGACUUUUCGCGUACAGUAUCCAACGAUAUCGUCGAAAUCAUCCAAGUACUCGGUAUUGAAGCCGUACGUAACGCCCUCCUCAAGGAACUUCGUGCUGUCAUUUCCUUUGAUGGUUCCUAUGUCAAUUACCGUCAUCUUGCCAUGUUGGCUGAUGUCAUGACCUACCGUGGCCAUCUCAUGGCCAUCACUCGUCACGGUAUCAAUCGUGUAGAGUCGGGUCCACUCAUGCGUUGUUCGUUUGAAGAGACGGUCGAAAUUCUCAUGGAAGCUGCCCUCUUUUCAGAGACGGACAAUAUCUGUGGUGUCACUGAAAAUAUCAUCCUCGGUCAAUUGCCACCACUCGGUACUGGUUCAUUCGAAGUCUAUCUCAACCAAGACAUGAUCAAGAAUGCUCAUUCCAUCUCGUUGCCCGAGCCAAUGGCCAUCACCUACCCAGACACCCCUUCCAAUACAGGUGGUCAAACACCUUCAUACGAUGGUGGAUCCACUCCAUAUCACCAUCAAUUCAGCUCCUUUGAAGCUCCAUUCUCGCCAUUCAAUGAAGCCUAUCGUGGUGACUUUUCUCCUUCAUACUCGCCCAAUUCCCCAGGUCGUGGAGGAUCGGCAAGUGGCUAUUUCCCUGCCUCUCCAAGUUACUCACCAACCUCCCCAAGCUAUUCACCAACCUCCCCAUCAUACUCUCCAACUUCACCAAGUUAUUCACCAACCUCUCCCUAUUAUUCCCCAACUUCACCAAGUUAUUCACCAACCUCUCCAUCAUACUCACCGACCUCACCAAGUUACUCACCAACUUCACCAAGUUAUUCUCCAACUUCUCCAAGUUAUUCCCCAACUUCGCCAAGUUAUUCCCCGACCUCACCAAGUUAUUCUCCAACCUCGCCAAGUUAUUCACCAACCUCUCCAUCAUACUCUCCAACUUCGCCAAGUUAUUCUCCAACUUCGCCAAGUUAUUCACCUACCUCUCCAUCAUACUCACCUACUUCACCAAGUUAUUCACCAACCUCCCCAUCAUACUCUCCAACUUCGCCAAGUUAUUCCCCAACUUCUCCAAGUUACUCUCCAACUUCUCCAAGUUAUUCCCCAACUUCACCAAGUUACUCUCCAACAUCACCAUCAUACAUGCCAUCAUAUAAUCAAACCAAAAAAUAA